AUCACAAAUUUCUCACACAUCAAAGAAGUGGAAAUAAAAACGCUUUACUUUUGUAGGUAUAUUUCUCUCAGAUUAUUAAAAAUGGAUGCUUCAACAGGAGGAUCUAGUGGCUCUGGAGAUAAGAAAAACAAUAAUCAAAACUCAAAGAAAGAAGUACCAUUCUACCAAUUAACUUCCCAUCAAGAACAGAAGCUUCAAGCAUUGUUCAAGAGUUUCCCACAUCCAGAGGAAUUCCAUUAUCAUAAAUUUGCCAAGGAGCUUGGAAUCAAACCUGAACAAGUAAAGCAAUGGUUUCAAAUAAGAACUGAACUGACAAAGAUAUGUCCACCCAAGUCACAAACUGAUCAUGCACCUACAGCUUCAAAUAAAAGGAAACUUGAAGAAACACGUGUGGUCAAUAAAGAGUCUGAUAUUAAGAAACAUGAAGAACCUGGUCAUUCAAGUGACAAAAAUUCAGAGGAAAAUGAUCAAAACCCCAACCCAACAGGUGGUAAUGGAGAAUCACAAGAGUCACAAAAGGCACGGAUGUUAACGGUUGCUACUGUUGCUAUGAACGAACUUUGUUGCCUCAUAAGUACCGACAGACCUUUGUGGCUAAAGCCUUUGAAUGAAGCGCAUGGAGUUGUUCUUAAUCCUGACAUGUAUGUGAAUUUGAAUCCUGAAAUUGUUCAACUCCUAGCUUCGGGUAAACGUGAAGAAUCUUCCAAAGAAGAACUCAUAGUUCGUAGUAGCGGAAAACAACUGGUUGACUCAAUUUUAGAUUCGGACAAACGGAUAGAACUUUUUCCAACAAUUGUUACAAAUGCUAUAACGGUGACAGUUUUAGAUACUGGCGCACCAGAAACACGAAGUGGAGCUCUGCAAUUGAUGUUUGAAGAAGUGCACAUCCUUUCACCAAUCGUGCCAUCCCGAAUAUUUUUUUUCCUCCGUUAUUGUAAAAAGGUUGCUAAUGCUUCUUGGGUGAUAGUUGACGUAUCUCUUGACUUCUUCUACGACCGUCAAACUCCUAAUUCAGCACACAAACUUCCCUCUGGUUGCAUGAUUACUGAACUGCCUAAUGGAAAAUCAAAGGUUGUAUGGAUUGAGCACGUGAUAGUGAAAGAUAGGAGGCAACCGAUCAAACUCUAUGAAAAUCUAAUUCGUCGAUGUAACCCCUUUGGAGCUAAAAGGUGGCUACAUGAAUUACAACGAAUGUACGAGAAAAAUCAUUUCUCAUCCCUGGAAUAUAUACCAAGACAUGCAAAUGACAAAGAGAUCGUGUCAAAAGAAACAAGGAAGAGUGUGAUGAACCUUUCAAAUCGAAUGGUUCAUAACUUUUGUAGAGAUUUGAACACAUGCGGCAGUGGACAUAUUCCUAUGCAACUGUUUGGGAAUAUUAGCAACUCCGAUGAGAUUCAGUUCAAUCAUCGCAAAUUCAAAGAUGGCAUUCUUUUCACCGCAACUGGCUCUGUUAGACUUCACGUUGCUCCCGAAACUGUUUUUUACUUUCUUAGCGAUGAAACUCGACGACACGAGUGGGACAUUGUGGUUGAAGAUAGUCGAAUGCAUGAAAUUGCACACAUUUCAUCUAGUCAAAACUUUUCUUACAACCGUGUUUCAAUUCAUGAGACUUACAACUUUGAUAAUGAAAGAAUGAUACAUAUAGUUCAAGAAAGUUGUAUGGAUCCCGUGGGGGCAUAUGUUGUGUUUGCUUCGGUUGACACAAGAAAGAUGUAUAGGAUUCUAAAUGGAGAAAACUCAUCAACGAUACCAUUAUUUCCUUCGGGAUUUAUGAUCUCGAGAGAUGGCCAGUUUGACCAUUUUGACACACCUGGAAGUCAUCAUACACAAAAGGGAACAUUGUUAACAUUUUCUUACCAAGUUUUGGUAUCUGAUCAGACAUCUGGAGCUCAAAUUAUGCAUAUUAUAACAUCGGUCUUCGCUCAUACAAUUCAUAAAAUUAAGGUUGCUUUAAAUUGUACCGAUGAUGAUUAAUCUUUUGGUGAUGCGAUGGAAAGACUAUAUAAAUUGAUGGUGUUAGUUUCUCUUUUAAAAAGAGGAAAUUGUUUGUUGUUUGCCAUCGCGACUCUUAUCAUUUGUAUUUUUUUUAAUUGGCUUGUCAUGUGACUCUUUAUAUAUGAAUGCAUUUAUUGUAUGGUAUUAUGUAUCGAAGUUGUAUUUAAGGUUUACAUUGCUAAGGUUGUUGGGCUAUGAAAUGUAUGAAGCCCAUCCGACAUUGUUUUUGUUAAUUAAGUUAACUUCUAAAAAUAAAGAUUGUUGC